CCACCAGGCUCGCGGCGGUGGGGGACCAUGUCCCGGGCCGACUGGUCCUUCCUGGAGCACCUGCUGGAGGAGGGCCAGGAGCACUCGACGCGCGUGGGCCGCGUGUGGCUCACCGUGCUCCUCCUGUUCCGCAUGCUGGUGCUGGGCGUGGCCGCCGAGUCGGCCUGGGACGACGAGCAGUGCAACUUUGUGUGCAACACGGAGCAGCCCGGCUGCGAGUCGGUGUGCUACGACCGCGCCUUCCCCAUCUCCCACUUCCGCUACUUCGUGCUGCAGGUCAUCUUCGUCGCCACGCCCACCAUCUUCUACUUCGGCUACCUGGCGGUGCGCACGGCCAAGGACCAGUCCGAGGAGGAGGAGGCGGAGGAGGAGGACGGGGUGGCGGAGGGGGAGAGGGCGGCGCAACAAGAGGGGCGGGGCCGAAGCGCGGCGGUGGCGUCCUCCGGGGCGAGGGCGGCUAGGAAGGGCAAGGGACUGGAGGUCAUCCAGGAAGAGGGGGGCGAGGAAGAGGGCUUGCGAGAGAACGCCGGCAAGGCCGCCAAGGAGGCGUCGGAGUCUCCGAAGCUGAAGGGGAGGCUGCUGGGGGUGUACACCGUCACCAUCUCCGUCACCGUGCUCCUGGAGGCGGGCUUCAUUGCCGGCCUGUGGGUGCUGUACGACGGCUUCGUGAUCGCCGCGCGCUACGAGUGCGUGGGGCUGCCCUGCCCCCACACGGUGGACUGCUUCGUGUCGCGGCCCACCGAGAAGACCAUCUUCACCAUCUACACGCAGGCCAUCGCCGGCCUCUCCCUGCUGCUGAACCUGCUGGAGCUCCUCCACCUGCUCCAGCUGGCCGUCUCCCAGCGACUGGAGAAGCGCUACCGCCGCGGCGCCACCUCGCUGCCGUCGCCGCGGUGGCGGCGGCGGCAACCGGGGGGAGACCACACCCCGAUCCAACUUCCGGCGCAAGAAGCCCCUUCGUACUGCCCCGCCGUCCCCGGAGAGGGCUACCCCGAGCCCCCCGGGAGCUACGUGGUGGUGGACACCCUGAGGUCCGAGGUGAACUGGGGGGCCGGCGGGGGAGCGGGGAACGGCGAGGGCGACAUCCCGCCCAGCUACCUAAACUGCUUGGGCGGGAUGCGCAGCACACAUUCCCCCAGGGCCCACGUGAAGAAGCACGUCCACGGCAACGGGAAACACAGAAAAGACAACCAUAAAGUCCACGCCAAGCUGAAACACUAUGUAUGAUGCUAGUAUCUCCAUCUGGAGGCCAAUUAACCAUGAACAUCUUUUUUUAUACCUCAUAUAUAUAUAUAUAUAGAGAGAGAGAUAUUAACACAUCUGUGAGUGUGAUGUGGUGAAAAAGGAGAAAGAAUUCUCUGUUCAGUGACCCCUUCGGCUUUGUUCACAAACACACACACACACACACGCACACGCACACGCACACGCACACGCACACACACCCAAACCCACACACACACACACUGCGCCGACGUCAAAUGUUUAAAACAAACAGAAGAGCUGUGUCACGGAGAAAGCCCCCCCACCCCCUCCCCUCCAGCGCCCAGAACAUUCAGAGACUUUAAAGCAGAGCCUUUAACAGAUAAAUGGAGCAGUUAGAAAAAAAAAAAAACAUUUUGAAAACGCUUCCCCUGGAGGCGAGGAGGACGG